AUGGGUUCUGAACGUGAGAACAAGACGUUCCUCGCGCGGCUCUGCGAGCAGGCCGAACGCUACGAUGAAAUGGUCAAGUUCAUGAAGGAAGUCGCCAAGAUUGGCGGCGAGCUCACUGUCGAUGAGCGCAACCUGCUCUCCGUUGCCUACAAGAACGUUGUUGGUACCCGCCGUGCCUCGUGGCGCAUCAUCUCCUCCAUCGAGCAGAAGGAGGAGUCCAAGGGAUCCGACCAGCACGUCGGUAUCAUCAAGGAGUACCGUGAUAAGAUCGAGAAGGAGCUUGAGGAUGUCUGCCAGGAUGUCCUGAAUGUUCUUGAUGACUCUUUGAUCCCCAAGGCCGAGACUGGCGAGUCCAAGGUCUUCUACUACAAGAUGAAGGGUGACUACCACCGUUACCUCGCUGAGUUCGCCUCCGGCGAGAAGCGCAAGGUUGCCGCCACUGCCGCCCACGAUGCCUACAAGAACGCUACCGAAGUUGCCCAGACUGACCUCACCCCCACUCACCCCAUCCGUCUCGGUCUCGCCCUGAACUUCUCCGUCUUCUACUACGAGAUCCUCAACUCCCCCGACCGUGCAUGCCACCUCGCCAAGCAGGCCUUCGACGAUGCCAUUGCCGAGCUCGACUCCCUCUCCGAGGAGAGCUACCGCGACAGCACUCUGAUCAUGCAACUCCUGCGGGACAACCUGACCCUCUGGACCUCAUCCGACAGCCAGGACGCUGAGGGUGCUAAGGACGAGGCCGCUGCCCCCGCUGCUUCCGAGGAGGCUCCCGCGGCCGAGGAAAAGCCCGCCGAGGAGACCAAGCCUGCUGAGGAGUCCUAA